AUGCAGGCGGCGCCGUUGUCGGCGCGGCGGAGCACGGGCCUCAAGCUGCGUGCGGUGGACGUGGUGGCGCCCGAGUACCGCGAGAUUGCAAGCGAGAGCGAUGCGCGGCCCAAGUCGACCAACAUGCACCGGCCCGGGAUCCUUCCCGCGGGGAGCGUGGCGCGUGCGCCGAACAAAGCACAGGCGCAUGCGCACAGCGACUCGGAUUCCGAGUCGGAGCGUGCCGCAAGCAGCGCGCCGAGCGCCAUGUUCUUUGCGAUGCCGAGCAUUGUAGUUGCUUCAAUCGACCGUUCGCUGGCCUUUUAUACCAAAGCCCUGGGCUUUCGGCGGCGUGGAGCGAAGGAUGCGCGGCAGGUGCGCAUCCAGCGCGCGCCGCCCCCCCGCGCGAAUGAGCGCAAUGCUGCGCAGUACGUCGCGAGCUCGGACGGUGUGCAUCUCCUGCUGCGUGCGGCGUCCGAGCCGAUGCCCGGCUCGGUGUGGAUCAUGAUCCAGGAUGCCGACGCGCUCUUUCAAGAGAUUGCGGCAAAGCUUGUGCAGUAUUCGCUCACGAUGUGCGACUACUUCCCCCCCGAAAACUUUGGCCAGGCCCGAAUCGAGAGCCGUCCAAAGAACACCACUUGGGGCACGCGGGAGUUCAAGGUAAUUGAUCCCGACGAAAACGUGCUUGUCAUGUGCCAGGAACGGCGGUAA